AUGGCAGCGGUGGAUCAACAUACCCACUUUGUUUUUCUUUUAUUACUCCCUAUCCUCCCUCUAACAUUUGCCAUAACAGGUGACCUUAUAAUCAACACCAUACAGGGGAAAGUUCAAGGGAAAUUGCUUUCAAUCCCAGGCGGUGAAGUUAGAGCAUUCCUUGGAAUUCCUUAUGGAAAACCACCUAUUGGAAAGCUGAGAUUCAACGCUCCGGAGGCAGUAGAAAAAUGGGAAGGUGUGAAAGAGGCCACCAAAUUCCCAAAUACCUGCUACCAGGUUCCUGACACAACGUUUACAGGGUUUGAAGGUGGGGAGAUGUGGAAUCCAAACACUCCUCUAAGUGAGGACUGCCUGUACCUGAAUGUUUGGUCUCCAGUUUUUAACAAAACCCAGUCUACAAACCUUGCUCCUGUUCUGGUUUGGAUCUAUGGUGGUGGAUUUAGCACAGGAACAGCAUCCUUGGAUUUAUACCAUGGACACUUCCUCAGUAAAUCGGAGGGUGUUGUUGUGGUUUCUAUGAAUUACAGAGUGGGAGCUUUUGGCUUCCUGUCGCUUCCUGACAACAAACACAUCCAGGGCAAUGCUGGACUUCUGGACCAGCGCCUGGCACUCAGAUGGGUGGCCGAUAACAUUGCUGCAUUUGGAGGAGAUCCUUCAAAGGUGACUCUCUUUGGGGAGAGUGCGGGGUCAGCGUCUGUGGGCUUCCACAUUCUCUCUCCAGGCAGCCAGAGUCUUUUUCAAAGAGGUAUAAUGCAGAGUGGCUCACCAAAUGCACACUGGAGCACAAUCAGCCAGAGUGAAGCCAGGGACAGGUCCUUGAUGUUAGCAGGAUUACUUGGAUGUCCUACAUCUCAUUCUACUCGUGUGGAAGCUUGUCUACAGCAGGCAGAUCCUCAAAAGAUCACAGUCAAACAAUACGAAAUUAACUUGCAGCCUUCAAUAUUGGUCAUUCCCUUUCCACCUGUAGUUGAUGGGAACUUCCUACCAGCAACAGUUGAGGUGGGUGCCUGUGUCUCAGUCGAGGUGAGGUAA